AUGUUCAGGCGCUCCUUUACGUCGAAUAGCUUCACUUCUAAAAGCCGGGCGGGGAAGACCGUCAAGGCGAGUAAGAGAAAGUACGACGAGCAGGCCAAAGAGAAGAUGCAGGAGAAUGUGGAGAAUGUGGAUAAACCGUCACCGGGAAGGUGUGCGCUGACUAGUCCCAUCGUGACGAUGAUCGUGGGCCAGGACCAGCGUCUGUUCGCAGCCCACGCGGAUGUCUUGUCUAUCUCCCCGUAUUUUCGUACCGCACUGAAGGAGAAGUCUCUGGAUGACGGUGCAAAGCAACUGGCUCUACCCGAGGAGGAGCCCGAGAUCCUUUCGUGCAUUCUCGAGUUCCUCUAUAAGGGUGACUAUUAUCCACGCUUAUUGCGUGGGAAACGUCGAGACUCUUGGUAUCUCGAGAACGCCCAGGACCCCUAUCAAACCGGUGGCUGCGGGUCGAGUGAAGCGACGUUCUUCCACUCCGGUGUGAAGGACAUCGUACUCCGGGACACGGUGGUAUAUUGCGCGGCCGAGAAAUACGGCCUCGAAGAGCUGAAGAGCGUUGCUUUUCGCAAGCAAGGUCUCCAAAGCGGGAUCCCUGCUGAUGUGAUCUUGCGAUCUGCUCGAUAUGCGUACGACCACACCCCGGACACUGAAUCUCGACUACGCGCUCAUUACUUGGCUCUCAUCAUUCGAAGUCGCAAGACUUUUAAACGCAGUGGAACUAUGCAGAUGGAAAUGAAGAAUGGUGGCAAGCUGUUUUUUGAUCUGUUUGUGGCGAUGUGCAACCACAUGGACGAUCUUGUGGAAAUCCGGUAG